AUGAAUUCGUCUAACCGGUCAAUGUCAGAUAGAGCUUCAGGACCUCUUUCGUGUGCUCACGAUGGUUAUGAAAAGGAUGGCGGCUGUAUAUGCAAACCUCAUUUCACAAGAGCAUCUUGUUCACAGAGGGUAUGCAUGAACGAUGGAACGCGACGUAGCCCUUCGAGUGAUCAAGGCUGUAAGUGUCCACCAGGAUUUCUGGGCACCAGCUGCGAGCCAGUGCAAUGCGUAUCUGGUGAGAGUCAUUCUUUCUAUGAAGAAGUAGAAAAGCAAUCGAUUUAUGUACUUGUAACGUACAACACAUUUAUGAACGCCACUGUUCUCAAAAAUAACGACGAUCCAAUUCUGGCAGUUUGUCAGGCAGUGAAAAACUUGACAAUUACUAAUCUUUACUGGAGUAUCGACGCUCCGCUGACAACAAAGAUUAUGACGGGACCGAAUGUGCAGGAUUGCGUGGAUGAUGCAAAGAGUAUGUGUGAUCCUCUAUCGUCGUGCGAUCCUAAUACAUUAACAUUCGACAAUAUUAAUCAAAUUAUCGAUCAGUCACAACCUAAUUCUCAGGUUUGUUCACUUUUAUAG